ACCAAAUACUAUAAAUCUUGUUAUAAGGCCCAAAAAAAAAAUGCAGAGUAGUUGCGAUCAUAGAGAGAGCAAGGAAGGAAGAGCGGUUAUGUUAAUCAUGACGUCAUCCUCUACGAUUCUCACCGGAGAAGACGAUGAAGAACACCGCACGCCGUCUUCGGCAGAGGACGACACGCCUACGCAUUCUCAUCGACGGCGGUGGAGCACUCCGGUGAAUUCCAGAGGCGAAUCUCUUCAGAGCUUCUCCGUGAACAGAUCUCUGGAGAUAAAAUCAGAUCACGAGAAUCCCGACGACGAGUGCAGGGAACAUAGAGGUGUGUCUGGAGUUAAUCUUGACGAAUAUUUCUCGUGCUCAUCGGAAAAUAACAGUUACAGUUUCUAUCUAGGAGGGAAGAUAUCGCCGUGGGGACCGUAUGGACCGCCGCUGCUAACGGAGUCGUCGAGAUUAAACGCGCCGUCGCCGCGUGGAGAAGAGAGGAGAGGAAGAAGCGUGACGAGGAAGCGAGAUCUGCCACCAUUUUUGACGACACUGGAUUGUAAUGGACGGCCGAGAUUUCAUCACAGGAGAGUGAGAAGCGAAGGAAGGCUAGAGAUUGCCAGCGUGGCAGUAGAUUCACCGGAGAUCGUUAGUGUUCGUGGAAGAGAAGGACUAAGAAUCGGAACAGAGGCCUAUUUGAGAGUUAGAGAAGCAUCACUUUUUGGGACACUCAAGAUUUGGAGAAAAACGUUGUUCGUCUUACUAAAACAGAAUCUCUUGGGAAGUGAGAUGGAGGAGGACGAGAUCGCAAAACCAGCGAAACCAAAAGCCAAGAGAGACACUGCGCCAGGGAGGUUGAUCGAUACCUAUGCUGCACAAUGCGAAAACUGUCACAAGUGGAGGGUGAUUGAUAGCCAAGACGAGUAUGAGGAUAUCAGAAGUAAAAUGCUUGAGGACCCUUUUAACUGUCAGAAGAAACAGGGCAUGUCCUGUGAAGAGCCUGCUGAUCUUGACUAUGAUUCCUCAAGGACAUGGGUCAUCGACAAGCCUGGUCUCCCCAAAACGCCUCAAGGUUUCAGGAGGAGCUUAGUUCUCAGAAAAGACUACUCCAAGAUGGAUACCUACUAUUUUACCCCCACCGGGAAGAAGCUGAGGAGUCGCAAUGAAAUUGCAGCCUUUGUUGAAGCCAAUCCGGAAUUCAAGAACGCACCCCUCGGAGACUUCAAUUUUACUGUCCCCAAGGUCAUGGAAGAUACUGUUCCUCCUGAUCCUAAGCUUGGCUCUCCUAUUUCUACCACAACUACAGAGAAGAGCAGUUUCAAGCAGAUCCAAGACUAAUAUGUUCUCAGGGUAUCCCAAUUUGUUCCCUUUUUCUACGUUCCUUCUGAUAAUCCCUAAAACAAUGCUUUUUGAGUAUGUGUAGAUUUGAUGUUCUCUAAAACUGUUAUCAAAACAUCUCUAAGCUGGGGCUGAUCUCUUGUGUCUGCUUUAACCGGAACUCAAUUUUAA